UCCGCCGAUAAACGGGGAAGCUCACGGCUCUGUUUGCGGAAGUAGGAAACGGCUCCGACCCGGACGAUGACGACUUCCUGCGGCAUACCUGCGCACUAUGCCGAUUGACCAGGAGGGGGCGGCACGCCACCAAAACAGGGAGGGAAAGCUCCGUUCGCGGGCUGUCAGGCAUCAUGGAGGUAGAGAUGGCGGAGGCUGAGUGUGAGCACAAACCGACAGAAAGCGGACCGAAGGUGGACACGGAGGCCGGAGAGUCCUCCUCCAAGGGCUCCGGGAGUGCCUACGAGCUGCCGUGGGUGGAGAAAUACCGGCCGCUGAAGCUGAACGAGAUAGUGGGAAACGAGGAGACGGUGAGCCGGCUGGAGGUGUUCGCCAGAGAAGGAAACGUCCCCAACAUCAUCAUAGCAGGUCCUCCAGGCACAGGAAAAACCACCAGCAUCUUGUGUUUGGCCCGCGCUCUCCUGGGAGCCUCGAUGAAGGAUGCCGUGCUGGAGCUGAACGCCUCCAAUGACAGGGGGAUCGACGUGGUGAGGAACAAGAUCAAGAUGUUUGCUCAGCAGAAAGUCACACUGCCCAAAGGACGGCACAAAAUCAUCAUUCUAGAUGAAGCUGACAGCAUGACAGACGGAGCUCAGCAGGCUCUGAGGAGGAUCAUGGAGAUCUACUCCAAGACGACGCGUUUCGCUCUCGCCUGCAACGCCUCUGAUAAAAUCAUUGAGCCGAUCCAGUCUCGCUGCGCCGUGCUGCGAUACUCCAAACUGACCGACGGGCAGAUCCUCGCCCGGCUGCAGGAGGUGGUGGAGAAGGAGCGCCUCUCGGUGUCUGAUGAUGGGCUGGAGGCCAUCAUCUUCACUUCACAGGGGGACAUGAGACAGGCGCUGAACAACCUGCAGUCGACCAACUCCGGCUUCGGUUACAUCAACAGCGAGAAUGUGUUCAAGGUGUGCGACGAGCCCCACCCCCUGAUAGUGAAAAGCAUGCUGGGACACUGUGUGGACGGGAACAUCGACGAGGCCUACAAGGUUCUGGAGCAGCUGUGGGCGCUGGGCUACUCUCCAGAGGACAUCAUCGGGAACAUCUUCAGGGUCUGUAAGACCUUCCAGAUGUCCGAGUACCUGAAACUGGAGUUCAUCAAGGAGAUCGGCUACACCCACAUGCGGAUAGCUGAAGGUGUGAACUCCCUGCUGCAGAUGGCCGGUCUGCUCGGGCGACUCUGCAGCAAGACGGCGCCCGCGGCGGCCAGCUAAACCCCGACGAACCUGCAACCGCCUCAAAGCUGCUGCCGCCGCUCAGAAUCAGACUGUUCACUGCUGACAGAGUCGACACUUCAACAGCACUUCACACAAUCUUACAAAAUGAUGCAGGGAAACUUAAGGCUGCCUCACCGGGAAUAAACCUUCGAGCAGCGUGGGCUCGUUGGUUUCUGGUUUUUAGCAGUGAGACUCGUUUUCAAGUUUUCGAUCAGUUUAUUUGAUAACUGGACAUCUUAAAAUGACUUAAAGGUUGAAAUUCAGGCCUCAGAAGCUGUUAAAAAGUCUAUUUUUGUGUCACUGACAAGCAGAAGUAUUUUGUAUGUUUUGAGGUGUAGAGAGAUGUUCUGGAAAAUAAAGGUGGGAUUUUUGUGAAA